AUGGAACCAAGGAACAAUGUAACUUAUUUCAUCCUCCUGGGCCUCACACAGAAUCCAAAGGAGCAGAAAGUCCUUUUUGUUAUGUUCUUGCUCUUCUACAUUUUGACCUUGUUGGGCAACCUGCUCAUUGUUGUGACAAUAACUGUCAGUAAGACCCUGAACUCGCCAAUGUACUUUUUUCUCGCUAGCUUAUCAAUUAUGGACAUGGCUUAUUCCUCUUCUAUUACCCCCAGAUUGAUUUCAAGCUUGUUCUUUGGGGAAAAUGCUAUAUCCUUUGAAUCUUGCAUGGCUUAUCUGUUUAUAGAUCACAUUUUUGGUGGAUCAGAGGUCUUCCUUCUGUUGGUGAUGGCCUAUGACCGCUAUGUGGCCAUCUGUAAGCCCUUGCACUAUUUGAUUGUCAUGAGGCAAAGGGUGUGUGUUGUGCUGCUGCUGGUGUCCUGGGCUGGAGGCUUUCUGCAUUCAGUAAUUCAGCUUAGCACUAUUUAUGGGCUCCCAUUCUGUGGCCCCAACAUCACUGAUCACUUUACAUGUGACAUGUACCCCUUAUUGAACCUAGUGUGCAUCGACACCUAUGUCAUUGGCAUCUUAGUGGUGGCCAAUGGAGGACUGAUCUGCACUAUUGUGUUUCUGCUCUUACUCACCUCUUAUGGAGUCAUUUUGCACUCUCUAAAGAACUUGAGUCAGGAAGGGAGGCGGAAAGCCCUCCAGACCUGUGGUUCCCACAUCACUGUGGUUGUUUGUUUCUUUAUUCCCUGUAUUUUUAUAUAUGCAAGACCUGCUAAGACCUUCCCAAUUGACAAAUCAUUAAGUGUGUUUUAUACAGUCAUCACCCCUAUGCUGAACCCAUUAAUCUACAGUCUAAGAAAUUCUGAGAUGACUAAUGCUAUGAAGAAACUCUGGAGGCAAAAGGGGAGAUCAAAUAUGAAAGAAAUUCAUUAUGAAUCAUGAGAAAACUCAUUAACAUUAGGGCCAACCUCCCAGAAUGUAAAAGUCUUCAUAAAUC